GUUACGUCCAGCAAGGAUAACUCGCCAUCAUCCAGCAAUCCUCACUCGAGCCGGACGCUCAUACGGAAAUUUCAUGUCUUGCUGAAGAAACAAGAGCAACUCAAGCGUACUACGUCAAGUACAUCCGAUCACAAGGAGUUGGCAGAUGUGCAGCAAGAGAUCGAUAGUUUGGGAGGGCUGGCUGCGUAUCAAAGAAUGUCUAGCAUAGGUCAAGGUAAAGACCGAGGUGGUGGAAGUGAAAAGGUGCUCAUUGGGUGGUUGAAAGAAAGACGAGUAUCUCCAAAAGAAGGGCAUAAUAAACUCAGACUUCUCGAAGUGGGAGCGCUCAAACCUGACAAUUAUGAUUCAUGUGCGUCCUGGAUCGCGGUAACGCCUAUAGAUCUACGAAGUCGACAUCCAUCUAUCCUAGAGCAAGAUUUUCUUCUUAUGGACGAAGCAGACCAUCGUGAAAAAUGGAACGUUAUCAGUUUAAGCCUUGUCGUUAACUAUGUUCCCGAACCAAAAGAUCGAGGACGCAUGUUGAGCUUGGCACACACCAUGCUCGCUUCGGAUGGUCUUUUAUAUCUUGCUCUUCCGCUCCCUUGUGUCGAAAACUCACGAUAUCUUACGCCUGAUGCCCUUCAAACACUUAUGACAGCCAUUGGUUUCGUGCAAGUCAAGGAAAGAUGGAAGAAAGGCGGAAAGAUGGCGUAUUGGCUCUAUACGAAGGGUGUGAGAGACGAGGUCGCCGUGGACCAGUUCCGAAAGAAAGAGGUUUGCAGACAGGGCAAUAGAAACAACUUUGCUAUAAUCUUACAGUAAACUUAUUGCUGAAGUUAACUAUAGGAUGCUAUUGAUAUCGAUAUCG